AUGGCAUCCAUCCUGAUCUUCGUCCUUUUGGUCUUCUUCCCAGAUCAGACUGACCUCACUUUCAGCUAUCACCUGAUCACUGAGAAUAAGACCUGGUAUGAAGCUCAGAGUUACUGCAGGAAGAACUACACUGAUCUGGUCAGCAUCAGAGAUCAGGAGCAGAAUGAAGCAGUGAAGAUAGCAGGGAUGAACAGCAGUGAUUUCUUCUGGAUUGGUCUGCUGCGUGAUGACUGGGAGUGGACUGAUGGAGGAAGAUCUGCUUACAGAAACUGGGAUGCUGGUUACCCUCGAAAAUCAUCAACUUUAUCAAACUGUACACAGCUGAAUAGAGGGAAAUUGCAAACAGUGCCAUGCAGUAAUCCUGUGGCUGCUGUUCUGUGCUACAACAUUUCUGGGAUACCAGCUUCCCACUUAUGCAAGACUCAGUGGGCUCUACCGACGACUAAAACGGAAGCCCCAGAAAGCACCCACACUUCCCCAGUGAUCAGCACAAAAGACAAGGAUCAAGGUAAGUAUCACUUACAGUAA